AUGGUUCGGUGGAGGUAUUGUUUUGUUCUGGCCGUGUUGCUUCUGCUGCCGAUGCGAACUGGCUCCAAAAUGGAUGAAGACGAUGACGAUGAACAAAACGAAGACGGCGGGGAAGGGGAAGAGGAUAACGGUGACGAAGAAGAAGAUGAACCACCGGAGAAGAUUGAGGCUCCUGGUCGAAGAGCACCGCCGGUCCUCGCCGCUCCCAAGACUAUUGCUCCACUCACGAGAACUACCAGCCGACGACUUUUGGAGUGCUACGUCUGCGCUUACAAAACCGAUACGCCCAUUAGAUCGUGUCUAGAUCCCGCCAAGCACAGAGUUCACGUGAUCACCUGUCACAGUACAGAGGAUAAGUGCUUCACGUCUGUUACGUCCAGAGGCAGCGACAAUAACUACGAAGCCGUUAUACGUGGAUGUAAAUCUGGGUGCGUCGGUUCACCGGACACUACAUGCUGUGAGCUGAAUCGCUGCAACAACCAGGCCUUUGCGAUGCCGAUCAUUUCGAAACAGAUACUCACAGCGAACAAAACCGAAAAGAUCAUGCCGCCAACUAUACUGUUCUUUGUCACGGUUCUGUUACUUCUACAGACGGUUGUCAAAGUGUCAUUUGCUUAA